ACGAAAAAAAGGGAGAGCCGAGAGCAACAACAAUAACAAAGCUGAGCCAAAAUAAGAGCUGUCGGAUUGUUUUGAUUCUUGAUUCCAAAAGAUCUGCAAUUUGAAAAAACAAAGAUGUUUGAGGCUCUGUCCAUUGACACUCAGCAUAAAGACUUGAUCCAUGAUGUGGCCUUUGACUAUUAUGGCCAAAGAAUGGCAACAUGCUCAAGUGAUCAGCUUGUGAAGGUUUGGGAUCUUGAUGAGCAUGGUGCUUGGUACUGCAGUGCAGCCUGGAAAGCCCACAGCGGCUCUGUUUGGAAAGUGACGUGGGCGCACCCUGAGUUUGGCCAGGUUCUCGCCACCUGCUCCUUUGACAGAACGGCGGCCGUUUGGGAAGAAAUUCCAGCAAGUGACGUCCCUGGGGAAGCAGCUCGCUCGCACUGGAUCCGGCGGACCAACAUGGUGGACUCGAGGACUUCAGUGACGGAUGUUAAAUUUGCUCCACGCCAGUUAGGACUGCAGCUAGCCACCAGUAGCUCGGAUGGAGUGGUCAGGAUCUACGAAGCUCCCGAUGUCAUGAAUCUCAGCACUUGGACUGUGCAGUACGAGAUUCAAGGAAAAAUGCCCAUCAGCUGUCUGACUUGGAACUGCUCAUUUUCAAGUAAACACUUGCCAUUGCUGGCUGUGGGCAGUGACGAGGUUGCUGCUCCCCAAACCUCAAUAGCUGGCAGCCAAGCCUCGAACGUAGUUAUUGGUGCGGCAAAAGUUGUCGUCUACGAGUACAGUGAAAACUCAAGGCGCUGGGCCAAAGCAGAGGCACUCAACAUGGUCACAGAGCCUGUUCAUGACAUAAUGUUUGCCCCUAAUUUUGGUAGAUCUUACCACCUGCUGGCCAUUGCUUCUAGGGACGUUAAAUUAGUUGUCCUUAGACCAUUAGAAGACAGCACAGAAACUGCAACUGGGCUGACAAAAUUUUCCGUUGAGCUGGCAGCUCGUUUUGAAGAUCACUAUAGUGUUGUCUGGAGAGUUUCAUGGAACAUCACAGGCACCAUUCUUGCUUCGUCUGGGGAUGAUAAUUGUGUUCGACUUUGGAAAGCAAAUUAUGCUGGAGUCUGGAGAUGUGUCGAAGUUCUGAGAGAUGACACUGGUUCUGCCCACACGUCUUCCGACUUAGAGUUGCCUCCUAUCAGCUCUGGAUCGUCUGGAACACACAACUAUAUUUCCCUUGCAGCACCCGCUGCUGUCAAUGGCAACCAAACGCCGGCCGGGGGCUCAACAAGGUACUACAAGCUGGGAACCAUCAAGAACCAGAACCAAGUGCCAUGGCAUUAAAGUAAGGCUAUAAAUCCUAAUGACCACCAAUGACUUUAAAAAUUUGGUAAAGAAGUGCAAAAUUGUUGUAAUUAUACACAAUAAAGUAAAAUGUGUAAUUAUAAAGAAACCUAAAUUAAAAAUUUUAAUACAGGCACUUUUCAUCCUGUUUAGUUUGUGCUGGA